UCCUCCCCUCCCUCCUCCUCCUCCUCCUCCUCUUCUUCCUCCUCCUCCUCUUCUUCCUCCUCCUCCUCUUCCUCCUCCUUUUAUCCCUCCUCCUCCUCCUCCUCCUCCUCCUCCUCUUCCUCCUCCUCUUCCUCCUCAUCAUCUUCUUCCUCCUCCUCAUCUUCUUCCUCCUCCUCCUCAUCUUCUUCCUCCUCCUCCUCAUCUUCCUCCUCCUCCUCAUCUUCUUCCUCCUCCUCAUCUUCUUCCUCCUCCUCUUCAUCUUCUUCCUCCUCCUCUUCAUCUUCUUCCUCCUCCUCUUCAUCUUCUUCCUCCUCCUCCUCAUCUCCUUCCUCCUCCUCCUCAUCUCCUUCCUCCUCCUCCUCAUCUCCUUCCUCCUCCUCCUCAUCUCCCUCCUCCUCCUCAUCUCCUUCCUCCUCCUCCUCAUCUCCCUCCUCCUCCUCUCCCUCCUCUUCCUCCUCCUCCUCCUCUUCCUCCUCCUCUCCCUCUUCCUCCUCAUCUCCCUCAUCUCCCUCUUCCUCCUCUUCUUCCUCCUCUUCCUCCUCUUCCUCCUCUUCCUCCUCUCCCUCUUCCUCCUCUUCUUCCUCUUCUCCCUCCUCCUCCUCCUCUUCCUCCUCCUCCUCCUCUCCCUCCUCUUCCUCCUCUCCUUCCGUACCUGUGCAUGAAGCACAUGAAGAAACAAAGUUAGAGCAAAAGCAAAGAACAUUAGUGCCUUGCAUAAGAAACAGGCAGCGACUGCCCGUGUUCUGA